GUUCCGUUGGAGAAGGGAGAAGAUCAGAGCGAUUAACAAACACGCGAAUGGUCAGAGUCUUUUAAUCGAAGACUUGGACUGUUUUUUUAUUUUUACGAUGGCCCCAGACGUAAAGAGCGACUCUUGGAAAAAGUCCACGGGCGGCCGAGGCAACGAUAUCGUGCCAAAAAGAAACACGAGGCGCAAACUGUCAUCGAUCUUCGACAAGGAGAAAAAGCCAAAAGGCGUGGAGAAGUCGCCCAGUGGGCCCUUGAGGGACAUGCGGCAGUUCAGCAUGGGCCGGCUGAAGAUCCCGACCGUGAGGACGUCGCCAACCAGAAGAGCCUUCCGGUCCGGCGCUGACAAACUCACCAAGACCUUUCAACAGAUGAAAAUCAGCGUAGAUAACCUCCAUCAGAUGCUGAAGGGUCGGACGGCCAGAAGACACACACGCCUGGAAAACGUGGACACGCCAUUUGCGACGCCCCAGACAAGAAGCAAGAAGCUGCUGGGACGGACGCCUACAAAAUUGUACAGUCCUUUUGACAUCGACACCACUCCCAACGGAGGACUCAUCUCGCCAACCGUUUCAGACACACCCAAACGCGCAAGACCGUAUUCGCACAAACUGUUUAAUUUGGAGCAGCAGGAAAACCAAAGGCCAAUGACGAGGAGCAUGGUUCAAACGCAAGCAAUGUUGACCAUGCCGUCACCAGCCUGCAAACAUUUACUUGAUUAACUUGUAUGUAACGAUGUUUAUCAAAGGACGGGCAGCAUAAAUAUACAUCAAAGCCUCCAAGCCGCAGCUGCGUAAUUCUGAACGAACAAAUUUUUAUUUUUAGUACCGAAAUUGGUGAUAAACUUUAUCAUAAUCUGAAUAAAAAAGAUCCAAAGGAAAAGAAAAUAGCCUAAAACAUUUUGAUUUGAUUUGAAGUGCAUUUGUGUCACAUCUUAAAACGUCAAAUUGAAUGAUUAAACGAAAUUGAAAAUCAUAAAAUGUCCAUGUGUUAAUGUUAAUACUUAUAUUGAUGCAUGUAUACUUUAAUUUACCAGAGGCAUGUUCUACUAGUGACCGCCCGGAAAAUUAUGUAAAUUCUUGAUGAAAGACAAAAUUGAUUAUUUUAUAGUUUUGAGUAGGUCUCAUUACCAAUAUUUUAUAAAUAUUUAAACACAUAUUUGUAACUUGCCUGAUCGCUGAUGUAAAAAGACGCUUUGAAUACCAUGAAAUACUCUACCUUACAAUUAUUAGAACAAUCUUUACAUAUCAUCCUGCCAGUGAACUAUUCUAGUAUGCGCUAGUAGUUUUAAGUAAAUAUAUUGUGAGCAACUUUUUUAUAAUUAUGCAUGGCAAUAAUAAAAUCGAGUACUUUUAAACCUUUUA